AUGUACGUGGAUGCGAGGCCGGCAUCGACAUUCAAACCAAAUCCUGCUUGGAAUAUGCCGUCCGGGCUCCUCAAGCAGCCUCCAAGUGGAAAUUCAGGCUCGCCAUCCCCGACGACUACGAACCAAUACCCGAAAUUGCCGAGUGCGGCAUCUUUUCAAUUCUCGUUCAGCACUGAGAAUCAGGCGGUACCGUCAUUUCAGGCAUUCUUGAGGCAAACGCCACCGCUCGAGCACGACCCAAAUAAGCCACUUCCACCAACCCCGGUGCGCAAGGACUCUACUACAUCUGCCAAUACCUCAAUUGGAAGGAGAUCUUCAAGCGUCUACAGUCGUACUCCUAGCCAGUGGGCCACAGACUCGAACCGAUCGUGGAGGACGGAAGACCUUGAUGAUGACUUUCCUCUCGCACACCACAGGCCUAUUGCGUAUAGUAUCAGCACUCCUGAUCUUUUGAGCAGGAUAUCUGGUCAAUUGCUCGAGCCACGUGUAUUUUCGCCGCUCAUCAAUACUCCUUCUCCAACUCUAAGCGCAGUGACGGAUCCUACCUCGCCUACUCACUCAAGGCCUGUAACUACACUUCUUCCACCAGCAGUAAUUCCUCCAAUUGGCUCGAAGAGAAAGAUAGAGACGGUAUCCCUGGAGAAAGCGAAAGAAGCAAGAGAUGCUCCCGGUGCGGUGCGACUGCUCCCAGAAGAGCUUCGAGCUCAGACUGUCGAGAGAGGGAGAUUGCACGGGCAUGUGCGCAUGGCUACUUUGGAGGCACUGGGAGGGGUGCACACACCUGUGGCCCCGCCUCUCUUCACGGUCGCAACUUUGGUGGACAAUCAAGGUAGGCAAAGACUGCUCUCGACGCCGCUGGCUACACCCUCUGUCAGCACUUCGCAUCAAGAGUUCCCAUUUCCUGCACCCAGCAAGGCGCCCUAUGAGAAUUCAUUUCAUGUCGGGACGGGACCCGUGAGGUCUAUGGUGCCGCCUGUCGCUGAGGAGCGAAGACAAUCUACAGAGGACAGGCAGCACGCAGCCCUCGUGGACGAUGCUGAACGUGGACGGCGGCAAGAGAGGGGACGGAGGAGCCGACAGUACACUAAUGAAUCGCCCAAGGCAGCAAGGAGCUCCUCCAGCGUCGGGACUUACCAAUUUGACCGCGAAGGUGAACCUCGCAAUUUGGUCGACCAGUGCAAUGCACUUCUGGCCCAGCAAUACAGGCCCUCUGAAUCUCCGAACUAUGACUCGGACGACAGUAUCAGCACGCAUAUGAAAAUGGUACCGCAGCCACUAUUCAUGGCUCUGAAUGCCGCAACAUCGAUACCGAUACCAAGGACACCUGGAUCGCCGACGCAGGCCAGAAAGCAUAAAGAUCGUAAGAAUAGCCGAGAAUCACAGUUCUACCCGCACGUAAUGCGACGUGCAAGCUCGAAAAAGAGCGAGCUCGAAAAGACUAAGGCAAGCAUCGAUGGCAAUGCCGGAACUGCUCAACUUCCCGGCCUGAAGUUGCUCCCCCCAGAAAUCGUAGCAGCGCAACCAAAGACCGCAGUCAAAACGCCAGAUGUGACACCAAUGUCACCUCUCGGAAGCAAUCCAGUCAAAUCCAGUCUUCACAAGAAGAGCCCAAGCAACGGCAGCUCAGAAAAGAGCAAGAAGACUAUCUACGAGCGCGUAAAGGGCGUAACGCGGCACGGCAGACGACGCUCUUCCGACAUUCGAGGCGCUUCACCCGUGUCAUCAAAAGCUUCGCCCACAUCACCGCAUUUGUACCCCAGCCCGGUCAAAUCUCAUGACAUGUCUCUCGGCGGGGCGGAUUUCGAUGAUGCUAGAUCUCCUCCUCUGACGCCCAGCCGCACCAAAGUUUCGCAUGUUGCGCUACCUGCUCGGGCGCUUGAUGGCAGUAAAGCUGGACUGAGUGAUGAUGGUGAGGAAAGUUUGAAUUCUAGGAGACCGAGUCUUUUUGGGACUUUCCAGGCCAGGUGGAGUGAGAAUAAGGCGCAGAGGAGGAGGCUUCAGCUUAAGAAGUUGAUUGCGGUUGUGCCGAAUAUUGGCGGACCGACGGGUGGUGAUGGGAGGGAGGGAGCGAGUGCGAGUGCGAGUGCGACUGGCGGGAAGAAGAUGGAUGGUGAUCAACAAUGGAUGUGA